AUGUCCCUUUCAAACAAUAAUGAUGAAAAUGGUGAGCAGGAUUUAAGUGAUGGAUGGUCAAAGGUUGAAGAUGAAGGUCAAUCGAGCUCGUUAAGUGACGAUAUAACUAGACAAAGUUUAAAUGUGACUGGAGAGAGUGACAAGAGUGUUAGAAACCAAUCGACUUUAUAUUUGUCUUCAAGGGCCAAUAGUUGGAUUAAUCUUCUCGGAGUUCGAAACAAACCUGACCCCCUCACAGACUGGGAUAAUCUUUACAAUUUGAAAAACCAAUCAUUAUUGAGAAAGGAUUGCCAAAAAUUAAUACAACAAAGAAGCAAUAUUUCUUCAAGAUGGACUGUGCCUGAAAUUGAGAGCCUUAUGACUUUAUAUUGUAAACGAAGAAAUGUUGGGUAUGAACAAGACAAAGGAUGGUUAGAAAUACUUGGAAAAUUGUUGGAAUUUCCUUUUGAUAAAUGCAAUCUUUUUAAUGUUUUUUGGGCUAUUACAACGAAAUAUAUUCCGAGAUCACCAAAAAUGUUCGAUUUAUUACGCCUUUUAAUGCAAUACCAUGACCCUCAACUUUGCUCAUUUUUGGAUUCCUUCAAAAUUCAAUCAUCAGAAUUUACAAGUUUUUGGCUUCGGACUUUGUUAUGUGUAAAUAUGGAUGAUGAUUUGUGUAAUCUACUUUGGGAUAGAUAUUUCGAAAAGGGAGAUCCUUUCCUAAUUUUCUUCGUUUCUUUGGCCUUUGUACAAAGUGUAAAGGAUGAAAUUCUUCUAUUAACUGAACGUGACAAAAUUCUUAAUUUACUCAAAGAUAUUCCAAGCAAAAUGACAAGAGAUGACUUAACUGAUUUACUUGAAAUUUGUUCUGUUCACUUAAAUUUGACACCGAUUUCCGUGCGAGAGGAUUUUCAUUGUAUGCUUUUUGGCUCAAACCUACUUGAUGAAUGUUCUGAACAGCCUUUAAAUCGACUUAUUUGCCUUUCAAUUUCUGCUCAAGAGCUUUAUAAACGUGCUAUUGACCCAAAAAUUACAAAUUCAAAUUUUUCUUAUUUUAUUAUUGACACUCGACCACAAAAAAGUUUUAAUGCUGGAUCUAUUUCUGGUGCUUUUAAUUUAAAUGCUGAAACGAUUGUUGAAGACCCAGACAAAUUUGGCUUUGCAAUGUCCUCACUUUUAAAAUUUAAAACUGAAACUUGCCCUAAAGACCACAUUUGUUUUGUCGGUUCUGGACAUGAAGAAGAAGACCAAUUUAUGUUUAUGGCUAUUUCUCGUUUUCUCCAUCAAAAUCUCGAGCACAUUUCUUAUGCCGAGGGGGGAUAUAAAGCUUUACAUUCAAUUCUUUCUGAAACUGGUAAUUUACAAAAAUUGAGUAAUCACUUUACAAAAAAUGAUUGUAUUGAAUGCAAAAAUGGACCGUUGACUGUACAUCCUAAAAGUGAAUGGAAAAAGUCAUUUUUGUCAUUACUAAAGAAAUCUGUUCAAAUAAAACAACCAAAAGAAAUUAAUACAAAAGAGAACAAAUCUGAUUUAUUAAAACAUGUCAGCACUUCAGAAAGAAUUGGAAAUAAAAGAUAUAGAAAUAUUCAAUCAGUAUUUUCAAUAAAUGAAGAAGAAUCGCUAAGUUCUGAUGUUGAUGAAUUACAAAUUUCUUCCCCCUCACAAAUGAAGGCAAAACCAAAAGAAGGGGAAAGACUUAAAUGGAAUGAAAUUAUAAAAAAAGCUGAAAUUAUUGAAAAUUUUGAGGGAGAGGAAGUGUUUGCAAUUGAAGAUAGGACUUUAUUCCAAUAUUCAAGUCCAUCUAAAGAUAAUCGAAUACCUUGUUAUAUAGCUUUAAGUAGAACACAUAUGCACAUUUUUCACAAAGUGGACAUUAAUGAAGGAAUAGUUUGUUCCUCAAUGAGACAUUCAUUAGCUAGUAUAUUAAAAGUAACUAGUAAACGAAGAUUUCCAGAAUUUUUGACAUUUAAAUUUGGAUAUGAAUUACCGACUGGAGAGACACAUGUAAGUCAUGUCCAUUAUUUUAUUCUUCCAAAAGCUGGAGAGUGUGCAAAGGCUGUAAAAAUGGCAAUACUGGCAUUAAAACCAUAUGCUUUUGAUAGAAAUUAGAGUUGAGAGAAAAUUAAAAAAAAUAAAAUUGGGGUGAUUGUUAAGGAUUCUUUCUUUUAUGUACUAUCUUUAUUUUUAGUAUUCGGUUAGUAAUUUUUUGUUGACUUUUUUGGUUUCUUUAUACAGUCUGACUUCACUUUUUUUAUUAAUAUUGACCUGGGAUGGGUUGAGAAAAAAGUCGUGUAGGUUUUCGGAUCGGGUUUUCAAAAUUUUCUUCG